GCGGAACCUGGUGCUGCGGCUGGUGCUGGCCGCCGGCUUCGGCUCGUUCCUGGUCGUCCUCUUCUACUUCCAGAGCAGCCUCAGCCCAGCCUCAGAAGACGGAGCUAUGAGAUCCACUUGGCAGGGGAAGGCCGGUCGCAGCCCACUCCAGGCCCUGUAUGAGAGUUACCAGUUUGAGCAGUCGACACUGCAGGCUAUUCACCAUCAGAGACGGGAGACGUUGAGCAACGUCUGCAACCGUUACACCCGCAAGCGGCGCCUCCUGCAGCGGUAUGACUUGCGGCAUUUGGUGGUGGAUGACACGCAUGGGCUGCUCUACUGCUACGUGCCCAAAGUGGCCUGCACUAACUGGAAACGGGUAAUGAUGGUCCUGACAGGGCAAGGCAAGUACAAGGACCCACUGGAAAUCCCCGCCCACGAGGCCCAUGUCCCAUCCAACCUGCGCACCCUCUCCGAGUACAGCGUUUCCGAGAUCAACUACCGCCUGCGCAGCUACCUCAAGUUCAUCUUCGUGCGGGAGCCCUUCGAACGCCUGGUCUCAGCCUACCGCAACAAGUUCACCCUCAGCUACAACCAGGCCUUCCACAAGCACUACGGGACCAAGAUCAUCCGG